UCAAUUCACCAUAUACAUGAUGGCCCAAUUAGCCCAUGUAAAGCAGCAAAGGUCGUCUGCGAAAAAGCAACACAGAGAGUGAAAGAGGGAGGGCGUAGCGAUUGGACUUUGCGAACAUAGCAAUUACCAAGAACGAAGAAAGAGAGAGAUGAACACAGACAUUACUGCAUCGGCUAAGCCGGAGUACCCAGUCAUAGAUCGGAAUCCCCCCUUCACCAAGACCGUCGCCAACUUCAACACCCUUGAUUACCUUCGACUCACCACCAUCUCCGGCAUCUCUGUCACCGUUGGAUACCUUUCUGGAAUCAAGCCAGGGAUCAGGGGCCCGUCGAUGGUGACCGGGGGUUUAAUCGGAGUUAUGGGUGGGUUCAUGUACGCGUACCAGAACUCCGCUGGACGUCUGAUGGGCUUCUUCCCCAACGAUGGCGAGGUCGCUCGUUACAAGAAGUAAUUCCCCCCUUCUUCGCCCAAUUUUUCAAUCUAGGGUUUUCUUUUGUUUGAUGAAAAUGACCUCAAAUGGAUCAAUUGGGUAUUUUUAUGAUUCUCAGUGAGGUACUUGUGUGAACCGAUUAAUAAUUAAAUUGUUCUUACUGCU